AUGCAUGGGGAAAUUUCUGCAAAGACUGCCCCAGCAGGACACAGUGUACUCAGAAGGAAAAUGAGCAACCAAACUUCAAUGACCGAGUUUCUUCUCUUGGGAUUCUCUGGUGUUCGGGAGCUGCAGCUGUUACACUUUGUGGUGUUUCUAGUUCUUUAUCUGGCAGCCCUGAUGGGGAAUAUUCUCAUCAUCACAGUCGUAGCCCUUGACCAUCAUCUUCACAACCCCAUGUACUUCUUCCUCCUCAACUUAUCCUUCAUAGACCUCUGCUACAUCUCUGUCCCCAUUCCUAAAUCCAUGGUCAAUUCACUAACCAACUCCAGGUCAAUUUCUUAUUCUGGGUGCCUCACCCAAGUCUUUCUCUUUCCCUUGUUCGCUGUAGCUGAGCUCAGCUUCCUCACUGUCAUGGCAUACGAUAGAUACGUCGCCAUCUGCCAACCUCUUCAUUAUGAGACUAUAAUGAACAGAAGAGCUUGUGUCCGAAUGGCAGCCAGUGCAUGGCUCAGUAGUAUCCUCAACUCUGCACUACACACUGGGACCACAUUUAGAUUAACCUUCUGUGAAGGGAACGUGGUGGAUCAGUUCUUCUGUGAAAUCCCCCAGCUACUCAAGCUCGCCUACUCUGAGACAUAUCUCAGAGAAUCUGGGGCAAUUGUCUUUAGUGCUUGUUUAUCUUUAAGCUGUUUUGUUUUUAUAAUUGUGUCGUAUGUUCAGAUCUUCACCACGGUGCUGAGAAUCCCCUCUGAGCAGGGCCGGCAUAAAGCCUUCUCCACCUGCCUUCCUCACCUCUUCGUGGUUUCCUUGUUCCUCUGGACUCUUACUGUUGCCUACCUGAAGCCCACCUACAGCUCAACAACAGGCCGAGAUCUCAUGGUGGCUGUUCUCUACUCAGUGGUGCCUCCAAUGAUGAAUCCGAUCAUCUACAGCAUGAGGAACAAGGAGAUCCAAGCUGCCCUGAGGAGACUGAUAGCAGGGAGAUUAUUCACCAUGAAUAUAAAGUCCAUAGUUCUCCCUUGA